AUGACAGCCACCUUUCCUAUCGAAUUGAUCGAUCACAUCUUUACAUUUGUCGACAGCUCGUCCCUGUUCCAGCUCUGUCAAUGCUCCCGUCUAUUCCGAACGCUCGCCUUUCCACGUCUGACUUCACAACACAUGUCGCGCGCAACGAUUCGACUGUGGAUCGAGCAGCCGGGCAUGGUCGGCCACAAGCCGAUGGACUUUGAGUGGUCCGAUUUUGACAAGGAACGGGGCAAGCUUGUGUUUACGGCCAAACCAGACCAGCACUACCACACAUUCAACAAGAAGAAAUCGUCAGAAGCACCCGUCAUUGAUGGUUUGACUGUGCUGUCAACGGGAGAUAAGGGCGAUCGUCGGAUACAUAGCGUCUCGUACAAAAAGGCCGCGGCGGUUCCGGCCUCCCUCACAGUCAAACAGAAUGAAUUGACGUGCGUCUCGUAUCCAGGCAGCAGCAGCAAAAAGGACACGGCCUACGCGUGUGCAUGGCAACUGCGCUACGGCGUCCAAGAACAGCAGCAGCAAUCAUCGUCAACAUGCACAAUUGUCCCGAAGACGUUUGAAUGUGAUCUGGACCUCCUUGAUCCCACCGUGCUGGGUGCACGGAUAAACAAGGCUCCAGUUACAAAGCCGUGCAUUCGAGAGAAUAAUAUUCCGGCCAGCAACAACAAUAGCUGGAAAUCGACAUUCGCCCUGGCUGAUUAG